GAUGGCCUCUUCGUCAGCGUGAGUUAGUGUCAUGGGCGGCUUGCGCCAUCGAGGCCGUCUGUCAGAAAGCCUCGGCUCAUCAGACUCACUGGGUGAUGACUAGCGGGGAUGGAGACAGAUGGGCGAGAGACACGACGUCUGGGAUCACACACAAAAAAAAAAAGCCUCAUGGGAGUGAGAAUUUGCAGUGGCUGCCAACUGUCCUGCCUGCGCUCUGGCCCAAAAUGCCUAAUGGCGAGUGGUGCACGAUCGGUUGUUUCUUUUGAUAAGAGGAGAACAUGGCUAACAUGAUUACAAAAUCAAACAGAACUCCAGUAUGUCCAAGCGGCGUGCAUCGGAGAGAGGGGCUGGUGAGACAUCAGGCAGGGGCAGCAAGCUUCAGUGUCCUGGGAUAUCUGGCAGCAACGCCAAGCGAGCCGGACCGUUCAUCCUGGGGCCUCGUUUGGGCAACUCACCAGUGCCCAGCAUAGUGCAGUGUCUGGCCAGGAAAGAUGGCACUGACGAUUUCUACCAGCUCAAAAUCCUGACGCUAGAGGAGCGAGUGGACUCUGCCGGCGAAACGCAGGAGGAGAGGCAAGGGAAGAUGCUUCUGCACACUGAAUAUUCUCUCCUGUCUCUGUUGCACAACCAAGACGGCGUGGUCCACCAUCACGGUCUCUUCCAGGACCGGGCGUACGAAAUCGUGGAGGACCCGGAGGCCAAUAAGGUGCGCAAAAUGAAGAAGCGCAUCUGCCUGGUGCUUGACUGCUUGUGCGCACACGACUUCAGCGACAAGACAGCCGACCUCAUCAACCUGCAGCACUACGUCAUCAAGGAGAAGCGGCUGGGCGAGCGCGAGGCCAUCAUCAUCUUCUACGAUGUGGUGCGCAUAGUGGAGGCCCUGCACAAGAAGAACAUCGUGCAUAGAGACCUCAAGCUGGGGAACAUGGUGCUGAACAAACGGACGCACCGAAUCACCAUCACCAACUUCUGCUUAGGGAAACACCUGGUGAGUGAGGACGACCUGCUCAAAGACCAGAGAGGAAGUCCUGCCUAUAUCAGCCCCGACGUGCUAAGCGGUCGCCCUUACCGGGGUAAGCCCAGCGACAUGUGGGCUCUUGGCGUGGUCCUGUUCACCAUGCUGUACGGCCAGUUCCCCUUCUACGACAGCAUACCUCAAGAGCUCUUCCGCAAGAUCAAGGCCGCCGAGUACUCCAUCCCAGAAGAUGGCCGCGUGUCCGAGAACACGGUGUGUCUGAUCCGGAAGUUGCUGGUGCUCGACCCUCAGCAGAGGCUGACCGCUGGUGAGGUGCUGGAAUCCCUCGGUGACAUCAUCGCCUCAUGGCAGUCUGUUUCGUCGCUGAGCGGCCCGUUGCAGGUGGUUCCAGAUAUUGACGAUCAGGUCAACCACCCAGAGCAUCUACAAGAGGCCAAAGUGACGGAAGAGUCAUCGCAGUACGAGUUUGAGAACUACAUGCGUCAGCAGCUGCUGCUGGCCGAGGAGAAGAACACAUUCCACGAGGCCAAGAGCUUCCUCAAGCGUCACUUCAACAGCCUGCCCCCGGUGCGCCGGCUAGGCCACGACGCCCAACCCGUUAGCCCGCUGGACGCCGCCAUCCUGGCACAGCGCUUCCUCCGCAAGUAGACCCUCAAACUGAACUCGCAGGUGGGUGGGGGCACCCUCCAUGUGUAGACUUUGGGCCAUGCCAGGUGAAACAAAAUGGGGCAGAACUGCUCAAGAAAGGCCAUCGGUUAACCUUGUAGUCACUGUGCAACCUCCAUCUAUGUUUUCCGUGUGUACCCUGGACCUCCUGAUCAAUACAGGACCACCAUCAUGUAGCAGGCCCCCUCCUUCCUUCUACUGUUGUCCCAUUUUGGCAAACCUUCAAAUCAGUCUACCUCUCCGUCUCUUCUUUUGUGUUGGUAAACCACGCUCACUGUUCUACGAUGCCACCGGCGAAGUUCGUUUUUCUGUCAUGCUAUGGGAAAAACACAACAAACCCUCUCAAGUGGUUUUCCGCAAAGGGGGGCGGGGGGACGGAAACGGAAUAAGCUUUUUUGUUGUUGUUGUUUUUUUUUUAACCAAUCUAACCUUGUAGUAGCAUUUUCACUAUCCCAUUGAAGACAGACACCACGGAUGCACGCUUUGGUACUUGUCGUCUCGUCCCUGUGGGAGAUCUCUUUCCUAGCAUCAGGCAGCUAGUGUGCAUAAAGCCUGGAAGUCGCCACGCCAAGAUCCCCGGUGAGACCCAAAUGUUGGACGCCACUUCGUUAACCUCCUUGGUCCCACAGCCAAAACUCACGUAAAACUUUGGGAACGCCACGGAACUGGUACCCAGCGCCUCAUUCGGAAUUGAAACGGCUUCCAGGUAGUCCAACGGAUGACGGACAAAGUGUGUUUUCUUUUUUUCCAGUAUGAUUGUGAAUGACACUUUGACAUGUUAGCAUAGCAGUGUGUGUGUGUGUGUGUGUGUGUGUGUGCGUGCGUGCGCCUGCGUGCCUGCGUGCGUGUCCAUGCGUGCGUGCCUGCCUGGCUUUGUGUACCUGUGCGCGUGUUUCAAACCAGGGCCUGCCGAGCCAUCGACCUCAGCAGCCAUCUUUAAGCUAUCCUUCAUUCGACAUUUUUCCACUGCACAAUACCGGCUCGGUUCGAGGAAACUGCAAAUCCAUUCAGCACUGAACACCACGGAAAGGAGGACAAAUCUUAUCUGACAGCCAUGACAAACAGGGAACUGCAGUCAAGGAGUAUACAAUUGCAGUGUCAGGUACAGCUAAGCUAGCAUUGGUUAAUAUAUUUUUGUAACUUCUAGCUGCGUAUCCUCAAACAAUGGUUUAAUGUCCGAGAUGUGACUCAGGGCAGCGGGGAAAAAAAACAAGCUGCUGUAGCCAAGUGGAGACUGUGGGAUAUACUCCUGCCUCUUCUAGAGCUUAAGGCACAGCUAAACAGUUAUCAUGUUUAUGUUUUUGUUGUUUCUAGCUGCAUUCUGUCGAACAAUGUUUUCACGCCUGACAGGAGUUUGUUUGUGGGCAGAGAGAAAACGGAGCACUGACGCCAACCCGAGACAUGCGUGCAACAGCAGCGUUCAGAGUUUAAGGCUAAAACUGCAUUUACCACUCUGCAUUUAACGUAUCGUUCAGAACGCUAACAGCUAUGCUACGGAGACUCAUUUUACCCGAGAGGAGACUAAGGGCAGCAAGAAAACAGGCCAGAUUGUGCACAAUACAACCGCUACAACAACCAUAUAGUAAAGCUAUGUUUUUUUUAACAAUUUCUAGCGUGUAUGUUCAAACCGUGACACCUGUGUAGGAGACUGAAGGCAGCAAGAAUACAAGCUGCUGUGGAGUAUACUACUGCAGCUAGCUGAACUGAAGGCACAGCUAAGCUAAUGUUGGCGUGGCGUCGGGCGCAAUGCAAACAGCCGUGGUGACAAGGCAUUUGAGGGUAUCUGAGAGAAGACUAAGGGCAGCAAGAAAACCAGCCACAGAGACUGCAGUGGAGUAGACUACCGCAGCUUCGAGUUUUAUUUUGUCAUUUCAGACGUGUGUACUCCACAGUCUUCACUUGGCUGCAGUGGCCUGUUUUCUUGCCUCCCUCAGUCUCCGCUUGGAUAAAAUGUGCUUCCUUCAUGUCUGUUUUUGCAGUUGAUGUGUUCCUUUGUGUGUAAAACCACAAAAACCGUAGAGCCAAGUGGGUACUGUGCGGUGGAAAAGCGUCCAAAUGGUGUUUAUUAUCUGGCACACUGUGAAAAGCAGACCAACACAGAGCUUGACGCGAUGUUUUUUUGUUUGUUUUUUCCUCCCAUUUAGCCAGGGGCCCUUGCUUGUGUAUUAGCAGCUCCUCAUGUACAUGUAUUAUUCCACUGUGUAGGUGCUUGGUGAUCCAUACUGUAAUAUUUCUUUUUUUUUUAAUUAUUAUUAUUAUUUUUUUUUUUUAAGUUAUUUUCUGGUUGCCUUGGAUUGUGGUGACUUUAUGAAUGAAUCAAGGUUAAUUUUUUUAGGCAAAGCUAGGCACCAGCGACUGUUAAGCAACUUUUCCGCUGGAUCAUUUGUUCUUCCUCCUACGUAUUUAUGUUUGCAUCUCACCCUCAAGGUUGUUUUAUUUAUUGUUUGCUAAAAAAAAAAAAAAAAAAAAAAAAAAAAUAUAUAUAUAUAUCAGCUACAAUCAUGAAAAAGUAGCAAUUUCUUUGUCUUCCCACAGUCCGGGAGCACAAACUAAGUUAAAAUACAUCACAUAAUUGCCAUAAACUGCAUUCUUCCCAUAUUGCCACCAUUUAAGCUACUCUGAUUUAUGCUUAGCUUUAAUUAUUAUGAUUUUCUUCAAUACAAACUCCUGUUUUUUUUCCCCUUCAGAAUCACUCAUUGAAAGUCCCCAUUAGAAAAUGUGUGAAUUCCAUAUCAGUAUUGCAGUAGUACACAAAUUAAUAGAUUUCCAGUGAUAGUGGCCCACCAAAUAGGAAUUAGAUGUAGAAAUAUACUUAAUGUGAAUGAAAUUGUGUCCCCCAGACCGUCACUUUCUAUAUUUAGCAGCAUUUUUUUUCUACGUGUCGCUACUGUGGUUUUGAAAAGCAUGAAAAUAGUGCAACAUGGAAGUCGUUAUGCAUGAUGUUGCCACAGUCUGUGCCAUGCCACUUAUUUUGUAGCAAGAGAAGAUCCAGAUUUUGUCACCUCUUUUCCUCCCUAAUUUAAUAGCAAAAAUGUAUCAAUUUUUUCCACUAGGUUCCUUCCACUAAUUUAAUAGCAACAAUUCCAUAUUUUCCCAAAAUAUUGAUUUUAAUUUAUAUUUGUAUUAUUUUGUAGCAAUGUUAUUUUGUCUUUAAAUAUUUCCCCAGGUUCCCUCCAUUAAUUUGAUAGAAAAAUUGAUGUUCAUUUUAAUUUGUUUAUUUUUUUGUAGCAAAAUUGCAUAUUUUUCCAGAAUGUAUUUCUUCCAGAAAUUGUUUUUUUCUUAAAAUAUUUCCUCUGCGUUCCUUCCAUUAAUUGAAUAUAUGAAAAUUAACACAGCAAAAAAAAUGUAUCAACGUAGUUUCCCAAGUUUUUCUUCAGAGUUCCACUUGCCUCCUUUCACUGAUUUAAUUUAUAUAUUUUCCCUAAAUUACAAUAUAAAAUAUUUCCCCAACCCCGUGGUUCAUCCACACUUUUACCCAUGUUUCCCACUUGGUUUCACUCACUACACUUUUUUUAAUGAGGAAAAAAUAACAGAAUUGUAUUGUCUAUCCCCUCCUGUCCCCCCACCCCCUACUGAUUGAAUAGUAAAAUUGCAUGAAUUUGCCUCCAUUUUGUAAAAUUUUUAGUAGCAAAAUUGCAUUGUUUUCCAAAAAGUUAGUCCUCUUCCAGAAAACAUUUCUCCUGGGUUUUCUCUGCCGCUUUAAUAGCAAAAUUACUUUCAUUUUAAGAAACGAUUCCCCCACCCUGCUUUGUAGGUACUGUAGUUGGGUACAUUUUGGACGCUGCUGGCGUGUUUCAAGCGAUCAUUGGACAAGACACACGCGUUUUGGUCGUUGUCUUUGUCGUCGUAAGCUGCUUGCCCAUCUUUGGGGGCAUCUAGAGACGCACUCAUGACAUUAUUGUACAGUUGGAAAAAUCUUUGUAUAAAAAAAACAAAAACAUAUUUUUCUACUUAAUCAGAAACUACAUGCAUGUCAGCAAUAAACUUUGAUAAUGGAAAA